AUGAAGAUCACAUGUGUGAUCAACGGAGUCGGCAUCCAGGAAAGAAUGCAGGCAAAGGCAAAGGCAAAGGCCACAGCGGCAGGUGACUCCCACCCUGUCAGAUGCUCUAAGUCACGUGCCCCCAAGUCCCGAGUUGUGAACAAUACUCCAGUCAAUACCUGGUCCCGGCAGAUCUUGAUACCGCCGGCACUUUCCUCUUUGGAUGUUAAGCCUAACAACAUUGAAUGCAGAGAGGUUCAACCGAUGCCUACGAUGCGCCCAUCGGUGCAAGCCGAGGCGGAAACGCCGCGAGCAGUCAAUCCCACGCAGCCCGAGCCAACUGCGAGGGAUAUCCUCCAGAGCAUCCAGGACCUUGGAAGGCGGCUUGAUCUUCUCGCCACCAGCGAAAGGGUCGAUGAGUUGGAUGCAAGACUCGGUUCGGUGGAAGAUGUCUUUGGGCGGCGAUUGAAUGCACUUGAGCAACGUCUCAAUUCAUCUGAUACAGAAUGGAGAGCAAUGUCAGCUUCUGUUGGCCAUUUAACCAUUGCUCUUCGGGAUCAUAAAGAUGAUCUUACUGCACAUCGUUCCCGGAUCAACACUACCGCUUAUGCCCCCCCAAGUCAUGCAAAUGCACACCUGCCGGCCUGGCUCGCUCAGAGUGACGAAGACCCGCACAUCUCAGCAAUCGGCCGACAGUGGACUCAUGCGUGGGAUGUGUCCGUGAUGACGGGUGUUCAAGGGCAUGUCGGUACCUCAGCAUCUGCUGUGCUCGUUACGGAAACCGUCGAUUCCAUGGUCCUGGCAGCGGAUGUAUCGCCAGACACCUCUAGCGAUCUCUCAACGAUAUCCGAUGAUUAA